UUGAGUUGUAAAGUAGUCCCGGUCCUGAACUGAAGACAACCACCAGCUGACCGAGCACAAACACGGGAUUACUAUGCCCAGCGCCAACGUGUCCGUGCGAAGUUUAUCCGAAGUAGAGAAAUACCUCGGCAGCCGGAUGAUCACUGCGAACACCUGUGCCUGUAUUUGCAUGUGUCAGUGUGCCUGCCUGACCUGACCCCACACUGUGAACUGAUGGUUUCACCAGAUUACAGCUGCGGUUGACAGGAGUACCGAGGGGAGUUCUCUAAGCAUCUCUGCAUCGAUGCGUCGGGGUUCUUCAGAGAACAAUCUGGAUCUGGACUUGAGUGAUGGAAGUCCUGGUCCUGCUCUAGGCUUUGAGGUCCAGCGUAGUCGUUCUUGCUUGGACAGCCUCCAACAAAAGAUACUGAAAAUCACAGAGCAGCUGAAGAUUGAGCAGACAGCGCGAGACGAGAAUGUAGCUGAGUACCUGAAACUGGUGAACAGUGCGGACAAGCAGCAAGUAGGGCGCAUCAAGCAGGUGUUUGAGAAGAAGAACCAGAAGUCGGCUCAAAACAUUGCACAGAUGCAAAAGAAGCUGGAGCAGUACCAUCGAAAGAUGAAAGACAAUGAAAUCCAGCAAAGCCCUUACCCUCACCCGUCCACUGUCAAACACAGCACCAUACCCAGGGAGUCUCCCAGAGAGCUGCUGAGGGAUAUGACAGGCAGUGGCCGACACCCGACCAUGGACAAGAUCAAGACCAUUGGACCAGGUGUUUCCCUCUCCCCUCCCUUUUUCUUCAGCAAGCCCAGAGAAUUCGCCAACCUUAUCAGGAACAAGUUUGGCAGUGCUGACAACAUCGCCCACCUCAAGACCACUCUGGAUGCUUCCCCACCGCUGCCCAAUGAGAGCCCAGGAAAGGGACUGAGUAGCAGCACCUCGAUGGUGGGCAAGCCUAAGUAUCCCAGUGAUGACGAGUGCUCCUCAGGGAGCGCUUCCAUUUCAGCAGACAGUAACGGGAAUCCAGCAGUGGCAGGAGUGUCAACAGGACAAAGUCAGGGUCAGGGUCAGGGUCAGGGUCAGCAGGCCGGGGAAGACGAUGAGAGCAAACUGGCCUUGAGCCUGGAGGAGGUGAGCGAGAUCAAAGAGGCCCAGAGCCAGCUGGAGGAGGAUAUAGAUGAGCUGAAGUCUCAGUUCAAGAAAGAGUAUGGCAUCAUCAGCCAAACACUGCAGGAGGAGAGAUACAGGUAUGAGCGUUUGGAAGACCAAUUAAACGACCUGACAGAACUUCACCAGAAUGAGAUGGCUAAUCUGAAGCAGGAACUGGCCAGCAUCGAGGAGAGGGUGACCUACCAGGCUCACGAAAGGGCCAGGGACAUACAGGAAGCCCUGGAGUCGUGUCAGACGCGAGUGUCCAAGCUGGAGCUGCAGCAGCAGCAGCAGCAGCAGACGGUCCAGCUCGAGAGCCGUGAUGCCCGAGUCUUGCUGGGGAAGAGCAUCAACAUCAUGCUGGCCAUCAUCACCGUCAUCCUGGUGUGUGUCUCCACCGCCGCCAAGUUUGCUGCUCCACUGAUGAGGAGCCGACACCAUGUGGUAGCUACCUUCCUGGGAGUUUGUUUUUUGACCAUAUUCUGGAAGAACUGGGACCGUUUACAGUACGCCAUAGACCGGUUGCUGGUGCCUGCCUGAUAGAGAAGAAUGCACACUUUAAUCAACAUUGCAGUCACGUGGACGCUGUCAGUUGUCUGGAUAGGACUGUCUAAGAGGAUUGGUUGUACAAUCGUCAGAAGACACGAUCGCUGUGCAUUUACGGAGGUUACUGUUUUUUAAAGUUGGACUGAAAUUAAGUUUUUGUGAUUUUUUUCUUGUCUAGAACUUGAAUGUGUGUUACUAACAACUUUCAUUUAACCUUUAAAAUAAUAUUUAUAUAACAGAAAAUCUUGUUACUUCCUCAGAUAGCUAUUAAAUCCUCUCAAGACAUACCGUAAAUAGUCAAUUCAAGGAUUAAGAAGGGUGAAGAGAAGUGCAUCAUCACUACAAUGCAGCAAAAUGGGACUCACUCUUUCCCAGUUUUGGGGGGAAAAAAUCAACAUAUGAGGAACAAUUUUUGCAAAUGAUUAUUCCUUCUUGUUUUGCUUCAGCGUCAAACUGCACACACAAACAAAAUAUCAAGCUUGGUAUGUUGUUGGCCACAGCUAUGAAAUGCUAAAGGGCAGAUUUUGUUACCUUUGCACAGAGACAGGCUGACUGUUUCCUCAUGUUUUUAGUCUUAAUGCCAAACUAAGCUAACUGGCUACUGGUUGUAGCUUCAUAUUUAGCAUAGAGGCAGAAGAGUGGUAUCUUCUAAUCUAACUCAAAGCAAAAAUAUAUUUCUCCAAAUGUUGAACUAUUCCUUUAAAUGAAGAAUCUCCAGACUAAAGCACAGAGGCAAUAGACAUCCUUUUUUAAUGUGUUUGUUCUCUUUAUUCCUUAUUGCCUUGUCUGCCCUGUGUGCUCAGCCAUCUCUUACAGUUGUUCUGUUUACUGUUCCUGAUGUUUAAAGUGCAAUAUAUUUGAUUUCUAAGAGCACUGUUUUUACUAUGUUUCUUUUAGGAGUGAUCGUCAAUGUUUUACAGUGAUGUGAGUGCUGUGGGGGGUGGGGUUGGGUGAGGAAAUGUCAUCAAUGUUGGCAUGAGAGAUCCAUAACCACUGAAGCCACUGCUGGGCUCUGAUAAGACCAGCUGUCUCCUCUCUCAAGGGCCAAAAAUCAAUCCCACUGCAUUACCGUGCUGAUAGCAUGGUAAUAUCAACACGCGCCAGCUCUCCAGUGCAAGCACACAUGCAUGUACACCCAAACAACACGAAAACAGAGUCAGUCACUUGGCUCUCUUUAUGUCCUAUGCGUCCGAUGUUUGUCUUUUACUAAUAAUGUGAUAUAGAAGCGAUGGCUUAUACUGUGAUACAAGGCCUUUUUACAAGGAAAAAUGCAAUUCCCUUUUUUUUAAAGAAGCAACAAACAGCCUUCAGUGCUCCAAUGAUGACAGAGGAACACAUUACAGGCUCUAUGUGAUGGACUACGAGCCUAUUUGUUGGACUGACUAAUGUAUUAUUUCAUGUUUGUCUUAUGAACAUUGCCUAUGAGGAUCUCACAUGAAGCUACGGACCACUUUUUAAUGUUUGUCUGCCAUACUAACAUGUUUAUGUUGAUGUUUGUUGUCGUCUCUCGGUUGUUCUACUGACUGUAUCAUGUGUUUGUUCUUGUUUUGACAUAUUUGAGGAAGUUUUACCUGCAGAACUACAAAACUGGUUUACAUUCUCUCUUCAUCUCUGGUGCAUGAUGUGAUCAAUCAGUUGUAUUUUCAUGCAUUACGUGCCUUUGUCUGACAAUUUCCUGUUAAAUUAAACAAGCCUUUUUAAUCAACUGGUGACUGGUGG